ACAAAAAAGGUAUCAAUGACUUUCAGGAAAACGUCAAAAUGGUUUUGUGAAAAAAAUCCAAGUUGUUCAAUUCAAUAAAAUUGUACAAAAAUGGACAGUAAUAAUGAUUCGUCGUACUGUAGAUUGUGCGCCGGAUUGAAGCCUAACAAGAAACUCAUUAAUAUACAUACCAACGAAGAUAAACGCCGAGAUAUAUCGGAAAAACUAAUCCGCUUGAACGCGACUGCUGAUUUGUAUAUUGAAACAUUGCCCAAAACAAUAUGUUUUGUUUGUAUAAACGCUUUAGACCGAGCUUACGAGUUCAUUUGUGGAAUAGAGAAGGCGCAGGAGGUAUUGUAUGACCUAGCAACGGUGAAACUCAUAAAGAAAGAAGCGACGCUCUCUGACAACGAAAGCCUUGGAUUUGAUGCUAACGAUGAUGUAAAGUAUGAAGACUCUAUUGAGAUUAAAGAAGAACUGCCGAAGAAUGAGUGUGAUUCCGAUGGCGGACCUUCAAAUCUCAAGAAAUCCCGUCCAUUUCCGACAAAGAAACAAAAAAGAAAACCUAGAAAUUCGAUAAAUAUGAGCAACAGUCUGGAUGCACUGGAUGCAUUACCUUUGGCUCAGCUUAAACUGACGUGGAAGGACUACAGCUGGACUUGUGCCUUCUGCGAAACGCAAUUCCAGACCAUUGAGGAGCUAAAAACCCAUUCCAUAGAGUACCACAACUGUUGCAACGCUUACCGAUGUACAGAUUGUAAUAUACGCAAAUUGAGACUCGACAGUUUUAUGAUACAUGUAAAACGGCACAGAAAAUUCCUGAAACUAUCCUGUUACAAGUGUUUCCUAAAGUUUAAGAAGCCCCGUGAUGUGAAUACGCACAAAAAAUCUCAUGUAACCACUUCAAAUAUUUGUCCCGGCUGUAACACUUGUUUCCCAAGUGCCGAAGACCUGAAUCAGCACACUACUAUGUAUUACAAAGAUAGAAGAGCAAGACAAAUACCAUUGCUUGAUGCUGUUGACUGCCUAACAUGUUUGCUUUGCAAGAAAACGUUUAAAAACAAAGGAACAUUGAAUACCCAUCUUUUAACGCACACAGACAGAAAGCGAGACCACACUUGCGACAAAUGUGGGAAAUGCUUUUUCAAUAAACAGAAUCUAGCCGGUCAUAUGUUAUUGCACUCAGAAGUUCGACCGUAUCGGUGUGAAAUCUGCAAAUUCGCCUUCAAAACUCCACAGCAGCUACGUAAUCACGUUGGAGUGCAUGACGGACAAAAGCCCUUCUCAUGUGACCAAUGUGGACGAUGUUUCCGGUUGCAAAAACAGCUUUCGUCCCACAGAAUUAUACACACUGACUUACUUCCUUACGUUUGCAGCUAUUGCAAUAAAGGCUUCCGUUUUAAGACGAUCCUAAACCAGCAUAUACGUCAACACACUGGUGUAAAGCCGUAUUCCUGUGAGAUAUGUCAAAGGGACUUUACGAACUGGCCGAACUAUAACAAGCACAUGAAACGACGGCAUGGCUUGGAAAUGGCUAAGAAAAAGCACACUCCAGAAGGAGUAUACCCUAUCAACCCAGUUACAGGUGAAAUUAUUGUUUACCAAGAGACGGAUAAGACGUUAGAGUGGAAGAAAAAGAUGAUGACGACGAGAAGACCAGGUCGUCCCAAGUUAAAUCCAACGGAAGAAACCGAUGUCAAUUUAGACUGUGAGGAAAAACCAGAAACUCAAACUGUAUUAGAUGUACAGGCACUAUAAUUUAUUAUUUUCUCGAAUACUAAUUGUAUAAAAUAUAAGAUUUUAUUUUAAUUUCGUACAUAAUGCUAUGUAUAAGGGUAUAUGUGGUCUGUUAAAGCAAUAAGACUUGUGUAUUUUUUCAUACAAGAUAAUUAUAUUAGAUUGUUAUUAUAAUAGUUUAUGGAGUUUUGUUAAAUAUGUAUUUUCAAAUUAUAGAUGUUGUACGUUGGGUUAACCUUCCAGUAUUAAGGUGUGAGUUGUAAUACUAUAGCAAACUGCAACUUAACAGAAAGCAAACAAAAUAGGCCUUGUAAAUUUUUCACAAAGUCUGCAGUUGCUAUUUGCUGUAGACUUGCAACUUACAUCUUUAGGCUCGGUAUCUCCUGAAUCCACAAUAAAUUAGAAGAUAACACUAUAGAUCGUUUCAUCCACGAAGACGCGCCCCACCAUUCUAGAGCUAAUGUUUGAGUGUUAUCGGUUUCGGUACACGCUAAAAUCCAAGAGUGCACACGCACACUGCAAUAAUGACGCUCGGAUUGCUCGGAUCAAACUCCCCGCGCGAUCGAGACCAAACAUUGGUGGGGCGCGUCUUCGUGGAUGGCACGAUCUAAAACAGUAAGAAUCUUUUUAGUUUUCAAUUAUGGUACAUUCAGCGUCAAAUGGUUCGGGACAUCCAAAGUAGCCAAAAAGUCGCAACAAGUAUUUGUUACAAUAGGGAUGUUUCCUGGGUCAAAAAGCAAGAGUUUUAAUUAGUCCGUCAGUUAACUUAUCAAAAAAUACUCUACACGUAUUUUUCACUUUUUCAAACUAAUGAAAAAUUAAAGAGAUAAAGCGCGCCAAAGUUCAUAAGAAGAGGCCCGUGACGUCAAUGCUUGCAUAAAAGUGCCGCACGUUGUGACGUCGUGCGGAACUUCAACGCACCAUAACUAUGUAAUUAACUAAGGAUGUUUGGACUAAAUAAAAAUAUCUUUCUUUCUUUUUUUCUAAUUAUUUGUUAGAUUGACAAAUAAAAAUAUAUGUGUCCAAUAUUUUUUGAUAUUAAACAUGACGGACUAAAAAAACUUUUUUAGGAAACUAGCCUAUUGAAAUAAAUGUUGUUUUACUUUUUGGUCUCACGAACUAUUCGACGCUGACUGUUUUAGAAACAGUACUUCAGUGGACAGCCGAGCCUAAAUUCCCUAUCCUAGUUCAAAGUAGGGAGUGAUUGUAUGUUUUAUGUAUUUUAGUUCGCUAGUCAUCUUGUAUCUGAAAGAACCUUAUGUAAUGUACUUAAUUGCUAGUUAAUAGAGAGAGCCUAUUUUUACAAUCGACAGAAAAUAUGUUAAAAUGAUAGAUUUUUUAUUUAUUUUUUUAGUUUAUAUUUUUUUACAAAAUUGCCUACAAAAAAUGUUGAUUGAAAAAUAGGCAGAGCUAAAACAAUAUUGUUGUCAUGGAAUAUAUUUGAAUCUGCCUGAUAAAUACCGAAAAAAUUGACGAAAAUAAUAAAAAAUAUCUUCCAUCAAUAAUUUUCUUCCAUCCAAGGUAGUAGUUAUUUGCUUUUAAGAGUAUUUUUGUUAUUCUUAUAAAGAAUGAAUCAAUCGCUACUUUGACUAUAGAUUGUAUGUUUAUACUGUAAUUUUAUAGAUGUUAUAGACAAUUAAUUACCUAAAUAAUAAAUACUUAAUUUAAUA